GAGAGAGAGAGAGAGAGAGAGAGAGAGAGAGAGAAAGGCAAGCAGCCCCUUUGAUAUGGGUCAGAUCUACAUGGCUAUUGCCAGGUAAGUGUGGGGCUGGAGCUGAGAAAGAACCUUAACAGUGGUGAUAGAAUAUUGAUUACACUGUUUGGGUCUCUGUGGGUCUGUGCUCAAGAGUGAAGGCCAAAGGUCAUGGUAUUUGCCUCUUCCAAACAUUUACUAGUGUGGCCUACAAAUAUUGUCACCAAUGAGAGUGGAGUUAAAGCUGGCCUAGAAUCUAGUUCCACAAUGUAACUGUUUUAGUUACAUUUAGUUUCUCCAUCCUCAGUGGAAGCCAGCAAAUAUUCUACAUCUCAGGGUCUCGGACCAUGUGUUUACUAGCAAGGACUGUAUAGUGUCAUGGCUGUUGGGAGAGGAGGAAACUGGCAUUUGGGGUUUUCAUAUACAAGGGCAGAGAAGUUAAAUCUCAUAGAAAAUUUAGAGACUAAACCAUUCAGGAAAUGGCGGUGGGCACAUCUCUGCUUAACCACUGGCAGCCUGUGACUCCAACUGUAAUGGGAAAGAGCUCAUUUGACUCGGGUCAUUUAAGAGGUAAUUGCGAUCUUGUUGAAAGCAGGAAAAAAGGAAGUGAUCCUAGCAGAGCAUCCCAAGUAGAGGUCUGGUCUAACUUCAAAAAGCUUAUAGGUGUGGUGCUUAAUGUGACAUGAGGAGAUCAUGAUCAAUCAGGUCACAGGUGAUCUGGAUCUCCAGGCAGGCAGGCAAGCAGGCAGGCAGCCACCUUUAAUGGGAACCUUGCCUGGGGACAUUCAAUCAGGCUAAAUUAACUUAGAUUGAAUCUAAUCUGGGCCAUAUCUUCUUCUCUAAGCCUAUAUAAAGACAUGGAAGAAGCAGCUUUGGCUCUUUGCCUGCUUGCUCUCACCUUGCUAGCAAGUCCAUCCCUUCAGCGGGAUCCCAGCAUCUCUACCCAAGACCAGUUGAGACCUCCAGCCUUGUGGACUGAGUGGAUUCUGGAGUCCUGAACUUUCAGUUCAUAACAAUACCACUACUGGAUGAUGGGACCACAGUUCAUAAAUCAUUCAAAUAAAUCCCCUUUCUGUAUGUAGAGAUUCACUCUCUAAGUUCUGCUUCUCUAGAGAACCCUGCCUAACAUAGUGAUGAUGGUUUUCAUUUCAAAGAUUUAGAAGAAAGAUACUUGUCUCAAAACUACUUCUCUGAGCUGAGCAUAGUGGCCCAUGGGUUUUCUCUCACUACUCAGUAGAGGGACUUAAGCAAAUCUAUGAUUCUGAGGCCAGCCUGGACCAUGUAUCAAGUUCUCAGCUCCAGAGUCUGACUAGGUCUUAAAGGUAAACCAACCAAACAAACCAAUGUUCUCUGUCUGCACCAGUCAGGACACUGAGAUGAAUCUGAAAAUGGGACCCAGUGAGUUCCAUUCCAAUGGAAUUGAUGGCUGAGCCCAACGUCUUAAACACUAAGCCCCCCUAUCUCAAAGCCUUACUUCUUUCAGUAUAAUAUCCAUACAUUUUCUUCUCCUCCUUAACAUCCUUCAAGAAGGGCUCCAAGGGUGUCUCCAUGGCAGAGUGCUUUCGGGGCACAUGUGCAGCCAUGGGUUAGAUGCCCAGCAAUAAACACAAUUAGUAGCUGUCUGUCUUUGUGGCACCCCUCUACAGGACUGUCUCUGAUUCCCUCUAUGUUGCAGUCAGAGAAUCUUGUGAUAUGUCUAUUUAUGGCACUGUUUUUGUUUCUUUCUUUGUUUCUUUGCUUUCUGUUUUUGCUAUCUAGUGGGCAAAGUUUAGAAAUGGUGUUCUGAGUUUUAGGUGUCAACAGCUUUCAUCUAAGCACUUGGGAGGCAGAGGCAGGCAGAUCUUUGAGUUGGAGGCCAUCUCUGCUCUACAGAGUGGACCCCCACAAUACCUAGGGGGGUGGAAACUAACUGAUUUAAGAGGUAAGUGGGAUAAACUGUGUGCAGGCUAUGAAAAAUGAAGCUUUCAGUCAGAUUAGUGUAUAUCACAAGGAAUUAGCCACAGUAUUUUCUUUUGGCAUCCCUGUUACAGUUCCCAAACAUUGCUUUCUUUGGUAUUCUGUUCCUUUAUGGAGUAUAAUUAUUUGUGGUGUGAAAAAAAAUCCCAACACUUACACAUAACAUUCAACUCUAAAUUGUAUUUGCUUUUAAGUAAUGUUGACAUUUUGAAAUUGUGUAUUUUGGAGGUUUAUAAUUUUCAUUUUGUAGUGGCUAUUCCUGGUUGUCAACUUGACUAUAUCUGGAAUGAACUACAGUCUAGAAUUGGAAGGCUCACCUAUGAUCCUAAUCUGGAGGCUCAGAGAUAUAAGUUUCUGACCUGGAUCUUGGCAUGGAGAUCUUGAAGCACAGUGGCUAUGACUUCCAGAAGAUUAAGACAAGGAGAUCUCUGAGUUCAAGAUCAUCUGGGAUUAAAGGCAUGAAGGCACAUGCCUUUAAUCUGGGCCACACCCUCUGCUGGUGACCUACAGCCUUUAAUCUGGUCUACACCCUCUGCUGGAGACCCACAUGCCUUUAAUCUGGGCCACAGCCUCUGCUGGAGACCUAUAGCCUUUAAUCUGGGCCACACCCUCUACUGGAGAUCUAUAUAAGGACAUUGGUAGAAGGAAGAUUGACUCACUCUUUCUUGCCUGCUUGCCUCGUGGGACUGACCAACUGCUAGAUCUUUGGACUUCCAUCCACAGCUGCCUCUGCCCAUUUUGGGGGAGUUGGAGUAUAGAGUGUCGGCUGGAUCUGAUGCCCGAAUCCACACUGGCGAUGGCCAACAAAGUGGACAUGUCUUUGGAUGACAUCAUCAAGCUGAACUGGAGGCAGCAAGGAGGGCCCUCGUGGGGCCGGGGUCGCAGAGGGGCAGGCUACCAGGGCUUCUGUGGCAUCCAAGCAGGCGGCGGGCCUAGGAGGAACCGGCCUGCCAUGGCCCUCCGCGGCAGGAACAGGGUGGCACCAUACAGCCACCAGAAGCGACGUCAUGACAAGUGGCAGCAGGACCUAGUCCACAGGGGCUUCGUGGGUAGAGCCAGCGUGGAGAGCGGUGGGAAGCUGCUUGUGUCCAACCUGGACUUUGGAGUGUCUGACGCUGAUAUACAGGAAGUCUUUUCUUCCUCUGGUACUUUGAAGAAAGCCACCGUGCACCAUAAUCGCUAUGGACAAAGUUUGGGGACAGCAGAGGUGCACUUUGAACGGGAAGCAGAUGCCCUGAAGGCUAUGCAAGAGUACAAUGGUGUACCUUUGGAUGGCCGCCGCAUGAAGGUCCAGCUUGUCACAUCCCAUGUUGGUAUGCAAGGAAGACCAGAACAAAGCAUCAACAGAGGCGGCAGGUCAGGAAUCCGUGGCUCUGGAGGUUCCCGUGCUGGAGGCACCAGGAGAUGGACACGUGGAGGCUACCGGGGAGGAGGCAGAGGGGCCAGCAGCAACUCAAGGCAGCAGCUUACCGCAGAGGAGUUGGACGCACAGCUGGAUGCAUAUACGGAAAGCAUGGACACUAACUGAGCAAAUCCAUGGGAGAAAUGGGACCCAGAAGCCUCAUCUGUGGUGCCUAGGGAGAGGGGGGUUGACUGCCGCUGGACUCUGCAGACCAGGGUGCAUUUGUGUUUUGCUUCUUUUGAUUUCUCCCCUUUUGCUUGCCUGUUUUUUUAAAAAAAGUUAAAACCAAUGUAAACUGUUUGUUUGUUUUUUUAUUUCUGAAAUAGACCCUCUUUUGUACUGAGUUAUUUGGGGGAUAAAUUUUACUUGUUGCUGUUGUGCUGAAGGUAGCAUUCUCACCUUUGCCAUACUAAAAGAGAAAUGUGUACAGGGAAAAACCAAACAAAACAAGUAUUCUAGGGUAAUAAAGUAGUACGUCUUGGUUGA